GCCCCAUGCAAUGAUUUACCGUUAAAACACAUUUUUAUUUCAAUGUAACUAUGACAGUGUCACCCAUUUCUCUACAUUGCUCAGAGGUGUUAAAUACGCUAAGUGACUCCUAACUCGAGAGUAUAAAGAAAACAGUUACUAUCCGGUAGUCGUAUUUCGAACUUCACGAAAGCAACAUAAAGUAUAGUGGUCCAAAAUGUUUAGUGCAGAUCUUCUAAGAGUUUUAUUAGUGAUAUCAAUUUACGCAAGUUCUACAACUGCGUACUACAUCAACCCAAAUUAUGAUUGUGGCGAGUUUGGAUUUACUUGCGAAAGGAACAACAGAGUGAGGAUAUGUGACGGGAAUAAGUUAGUCGGACCGACAUUCAUUUGCCCACCCGGAACAUUCUGUAACGAGGAAUCCACAGCGGUCUGUGAAGAUGCCAUCAACUACAUUGACCCAGCUUUAACAAGAAGACUUCGAUGCCACAGAAAUGAAAGGAUCGCUAAUCCCAACGUACCUGGAUGCAAAGGAUACAUUCUCUGUGUCUCCAACGGAAACAGAUUCCAAGGCAUUAACUUGAAGUGUUCUGGCAACACCAUUUUUAAUGGUUUCACCCGAUCCUGUACUUCACCUCAAAAAUACAAGUGCCCUGUGGUCAAUUCGACCAAAUCGAAUCCUGAAUUAUAUGGAUCCGACCUAACUAGAAAAGAUCCGUCCUACAAUGACGAUAAGCCAAGUAUGAGUUUGAACAAUCGGUUUUCGGGUCAACGACCUGCAUCAAUAGAGUGCAAGAAUUACAAGUUUAGAGUGACACAAGACGACACUCCAAACGGUGUGACGUACUUCUGUCCUCCUCGACCUGUGAGGGGUGAAUCCUCGAUACGAUGCACGAUAUUUUCUAACAACUUUUGUGUAACAUUAGAAAGAGACGACGAGGAUCAAUUUAUAGAUAACGGUGCACCAUACCGAAGACCAAGAAUGUAAAAUAGUAUGUUAUCUAUAGAAAAUACUAUAAAGACUGAAUACUUACUUGCAUGGGGUCAAAAAUAAA